GAGAGAGAGAGGAGUGAGAACCUUGCAUGAUUCUUGCGAGAGAAUCGCGAGAGAGAACAGGUGCGGGUGAAGAAGAAGCAUUAGCACAGCGUUAGCACAGCGUAUAGCUAGUAAGAAAGAUGCAUACGCUUUUUGGCGAGCAGAACGCGUACUAUCGGCACCCGACGGCGGUGCCGGUGGGCAUGGGUACGCCGUCGUACCCCACGGUCGGUGCCGCGCCCGGCUACUACGAGCAGUACCGCUACGGUGGUUACGCGACUGCUGCGGGUUACCCGGUGCCGGGUAUCGGGCAGCAGCACAUCCAUCAUGCCGGCAAGGACAUGGUGAAGCCGCCGUACUCGUACAUCGCGCUGAUCGCCAUGGCGAUUCAGAACGCGCCCGAGAAGAAGAUCACGCUCAACGGCAUCUACCAGUUCAUCAUGGAGCGCUUCCCGUAUUAUCGCGAGAAUAAGCAGGGCUGGCAAAACUCCAUCCGGCACAAUCUCAGCCUGAACGAGUGUUUCGUCAAGGUACCGCGCGACGACAAGAAACCCGGCAAGGGUAGCUACUGGUCCCUCGACCCCGACAGUUACAACAUGUUCGACAACGGUUCGUACCUGAGACGGAGACGACGCUUCAAGAAGAAAGAUGCUUUGAAGGAGAAGGAGGAAGCGCUCAAGCGACAAGGUCUGGUAAGCGAGAAACGCGGGCAGGAUCAGGAACACGGCAAGUCCGGGGGCGGCGGCGGUGGCGGUCAAGUGACUUUGUCGUCGCCGUCGGACGCGGUCCCGACGACAAAGAAACUCAACGCUAAUCUCGACACUACCCUGUGCAAACCAAAGCGGGAACCGGUCAACGAUCACGCCAGCAGCAAUCACUGCAUGGCGGUGCAAGCCAAGUACGGCUUGCACAGUCCGAUACAAGCCGAGAGCAAGGGUGUGAGCACGAGCACGGCCGUCGCGGCGCCGGGUCAGAGUGUCAUUCAGACUGUUUUGGGCCAUCAGGCGCACCAGGUGCACCAAGAGUCCAUACAAGACGUCUCGAUGGGUCUGGACCCGGCGAGCUUCAGCGUCGACGCUCUCAUGACCACGCGGGAGAACACCGGCGGCCUGAUGACUCGCGACAAUCAACAUCACUCUCACACACACCCGCACAGUCUUCAGCAUCCGCACGCUCACGCGAUCAUGAGCAGCAGGGAGUCGAUGCAGGCCGGCUCUGUCAGCAGGGACCUGUCGUCCGUUUGCACCACCGCGACCACGACGACGGCCGCGGUCGCUGCGAUGAUGGCCACCACGGGCUACGGACACUCCAGCGCCGUCUCCAGGGGCAACGCUUCGCCACCCGGUACAAUGUACACGCCGUAUUGCGCGCCGCCGGCGGCCGGCUACAUCAUGGACCAUGCCGAGUACAACUCGAGGACCCACAACAACGCGGUCAGCCACUCGCAGUGGUACCAAGACGCCGCCAGCCCUGACGCGGCCAUCUACCAGGAUACACAGUCGCCGAGCUGCCAACUUUAUAGAUCCAGUCCGCCGACACCGCUCUCGACAGGCGCGGCACCGUCUCCGCCGCUGUACCAUAGAUACUACCAAGACUGCAACGCCGUCAACACCAGUGGCAAUCUACCGAUCACGUUGCACAAGUACUGAGAAUAUCGGAAUUCAAGGUCCCAUCAGCGGGACCUUGAAGAAACCCACGGCGAUCACUACGAUCCGAGCUUGGUUUACGUGAAGCAGGAGUGGAUCCCUUCGACGGAUGAACUCACCAAAGAGUGGAACUAAAAAGUGUAUCAGACGACAACCAACAUCCACCUCCACUCUUGGACUCGCCUCGCCUCGCGGAAAAUCGCCGGUAGACAUAGAGAUAUUUAGUUAGUCGUGUAACGAAAAGGCGGAGACCUUUGAGAAGGUCGUAUGAUACGAGCGAUUAUACGAAAGAUAUAACUGAAAUCGACAUUUUCCGCCAAGGUACGUCGCGAACAUACAUCGUGCGAUAUCGUUUCCCUCCUUAUUGGGAGAUUAGUAACGCGAUACGCGCGAUCUUUACCCAAUUUGUAUAUAUUCGAGUCAAAAUCGCCCAAUGGCGCUUGUUUUUGUGAUUAUUAGUGAUUGAAAGGUAAGAUUAUAGUGAUUGAGAUAGGUUACUUAACGGUAAGGGAUUCAAAGGUCUCGUGUGAAGAUGGUCAGAGAUCCGACCAAUCCGGCGACUCGAUAUCCAUGCCGCGAGACAGGUUCAAAGAGAAAAAUCGUUUUUACCGUGAGGAUAAUAUAGCCACAGCACGUGGGACGUAGGAGACGAAUUUGAAUCGACUAUAAAUUUCCUUCUCCACGUGCGUGAGUGAGAGAGAGAGAGAGAGAGAGAGAGAGAGAGAGAGAGAGAGAGAGAGAGAGAGAGAGAGAGAAAUGAUUGACCGCUUUCGAUCAACAACAUUGUAAAUUCCAAAAUCGCGCGAAUCUCGAUCCUCUUUAUCUUACUCUAGAAUCUUGAUUUAAUGAAUGAGAUGCGAGCUUCCGACGACGCGUGAGAGCGCGAGGGAGACGAAGAGAGAGAAGUCUCGAGGAAAUAAACGCAAAUUUCAACAUAAUCGUUUUCACUUGCGCAAACAUCGUGCGAGUCUGUCACUGACCUACGUGAACUUUUUCGGCUAUCGCUGCAAUGUUUUCGGGCGCAUCUGUGCAAACCAUCGUAAAUUGCACGAAGCGCGAAAAUAUCGGCGCGUCUGUGUUUGCCGAUCGUCUGCUUCCAACAGAUAUGUGCGUGCGUGCGUGCGUGCUGUGUGUGUGUACACACACACACACACACACACACACACACACACAAAGACGAAUCUCAAAGUUGUUGUUUUCGCGUUGUUAUCGCGACGUCGUCGCAUCAUUGACGUCGAUCGUCCAAAUGAGAGAUUUUUGCGCCAUUUUCCGCGAAAUUUAGCAGAGUCAGCGACAUCGCGAAGAUACAAGCGCGUGUUUCCCAGCUUUCUCCGCUAGGGUUCCACCUUGAAAUCCAAUAUCAAAAAUGUCAUUGUUGUUCAACACAGCGCUGUCGAGUUAGCACACCGUGCGCGCUUCGCAUCGAGGAUUUCUCGAUCCGAAAUGCUCCUUUUUCUAACUAAACGCGCGAUAUGAUUAUGGACCGAGAGACUGGACUGUCUCUCGGUCUUUCCUUUUCCUAUUUAACACGUCGCUGACGUCUCUCGUGUAUAUGUACAUAACGAGUAAGCGUUGCGAGCAGUUUGGGCAAUAAACGGGUUCAACGAAUGUUUUAUUCAUUUAGAUUGUUUUAUCGUGAGUAGAGCCGAUCUAGCCGAUAAACAUCUCGGAACAGUGUGUCACACACUGUCGUGUAUAUCUCUAUAAAAUGAAACGAAACUCGGCACACGCGCGAUUGUUUCUAUAUAUAGCAAGUUUCUAUAUAUAGCAAGUGAUAAUAAUUUAUUUAAAAUUACUUUAGGACACGCUAAGGAAUUCGAUGAGACGCGUUUGUGCGUUGUUAUUUCCAUAUUUGAACACGCACAAAUUGAAGGAAGAAGGUAGCUUCCGUCGGGGCUUAAAUCGUGACGCAUUUUCAACGUUUCGCGACUUUCGUUGAGCGUUUCGGUAAUGGCCCUAGUAAAAAUUAUAUAAUAAUAUAUACGUGUAUAUACGUAAAUACAUACACUUUAAGAAAGGUUUCGGGAGACUGUCGACACUGAAAAUAUUUGUGCUCCAUUUAGUUUUUCCGUUUCUAAAGAAAAAACGGGGAAGCGAGAAUUUGACAAGACGACAGUUUGCUUGUAAGAUAUUACGUAGAGAAGUACGUGUGUUGUAAAAAGGAGUAGUAAUUUUAGUGAUUAAUGGGUUAUCGUGCUUUCUUUGCACUUUGUCCUUGUGCAUUUAUCCAUCAUUAUCAUGUCGGCCCUCGUGCCGCAGAUUCGCGGCCUUCUCUCAGUGAGAAAGCAGAUAUAUAUAUAUAUAUAUGUAUGUAUGUAUAUAUAUAUAUAUAUAUAUAUAUAUAUCGAUCGUAUAAACGAAUCUUGUGAAUAAUUAGCGUUUAAUGCCAAUCGAUCAUAACAUAUUGUAGGCAAACAGAUUUCUGCGUGUAUAUUAUAAUAUUACAAGAAGUACGUAUAAAUAUUAUGUUUACUCCUUGUAAUAUCCAUGUGUGAGCGUGUGUAUGUGUAUAUAUGUGUAUAUAUAUAUAUACAUACAUGCGUAGAGUCUGUAUAGAAUG